CCACGCUUGGCGAGUUCGGGGGAACGCGGAAGCGGCCGGGAUUUGUCUAUCGGAGGGGGGCCUGUCGUCAUGGCAACCGCCGCCGCUGCCGAGGGUCCGCCGGAGGCCCGGGUGCAAGUAGCCAAACAGGAUCCUGCUGUGGAGACAGCGGAGGAAGCUAAGGAACCAGCAGAAGCAGAUAUCAAUGAGCUUUGUAAGAAUAUGUUUAACAAAAUGGCCACUUACUUAACAGGUGAACUGACAGCCACCAGUGAAGACUACAAACUCCUGGAAAACAUGAACAAGCUGACUAGCUUGAAAUAUCUGGAAAUGAAAGAUAUUGCUGUAAACAUUAGUCGAAACCUGAAGGACCUAAAUCAAAAAUAUGCUGGUCUUCAGCCGUAUCUCGAACAAAUCAACCUAAUCGAAGAGCAAGUGGCAGCUCUUGAGCAGGCAGCCUACAAGCUGGAUGCCUAUUCGAAAAAGCUUGAAGCAAAGUACAAAAAACUGGAGAAACGAUGAAAUUCUACAACAAAAAGGACGCUUUUUCCUAAGAUACGAGAAUUGGGUCAUGACUCAGAUUGACUUGUCAAAUUCCUAAGGUUUGAACUGCACCAAACAUACAAGCUGUUAUUCUGGAAGAGCCGUGUAGCCAGGGGGAUGCCUUGGCUAAGGACUUGAGUGUAGCAGACAUCAGACUAGUAAUGUUGCUGUGUGUCUAUUCCUUCUGAGGCUAGAAAACCUUCUCUUUUCUCAGAAGCCUGUUCUUUUACUGCCUCUAUUAUUGAGCUGUAGUCAAAAGCUGAAAUCUACUCUGAGCUCUUAUGAGUUGCCAUAAGAUAGUGUUCACAUUUAAUACUUCCUAAGCUCCAUAUGUCCUAUGGCCUUGUAGAAAAUUUCCUCCAUAGCCUACCACUAUAUUCUCCUCUACAGCUGUAGCACCUGAAAUUCCCCUUGUUCCACUGCUUCCUUUUCCGCACUUAGAGCCCUGUGUCUAGUAUAAAUAUUCUUUCCAUCUGAACUGUCUAAAGAUCUGUUUUCAGAGGUGUGAGCAUUGUUUUGGAUCCUCUUAAAUUUGUCUUGGUAUCCAGAUUUCCUGUUGAAAGGGGAAUAAUAGUUAUAGCUUUACAGUUAAACUUUUCUCUCUCGCAAAUGUCUUGAAACUAACUCAGAUUGUGUUUCUGAGAACUGGUUUCUCAUGCUUUAUGCAAGUUUAUCCUGUUAAAGUAGCUGAGAACAGAAGCAUCUAACAGUCAUUUUGAUUUAGAGAUCACAGGAGAAGAUGAUAUUUAAGACUAAUUCUGUACUUUAUUGAAAUUCUUUGGAAGUUGAUUAAAUUAAGCUAAGCUACAUUUGGAAAAAGGCACUUAUUCUGGAAUAAGUGCCAAUUUAUCCCAGAAUAACUCCAUGUGUAGACAAGCCUUAAAUAAAUGUGUAAUGGGCUAGAAAAGCUAAGAUCUUGCAUUAUGAAAACAAGUGGUGAUUCAUAAUCAGUUUCAUUGAGAUAUUUCCCAAUACUAGAAGAUUGUAUCUUGUCUAAAUGAGUUGUAUAGACCUCUCUGCAAGUUAUGGUACUUCUUAUUUGCCUUUUAGUUAUCUAAAAAGCAAACUUUCAAUGGAUGGGACACCAUUAAUAUUUAUGGUGUCACUGCUACAUAGUGUAGGUAUGAGAUAGGAACCAAAGACUCAUUAUCUGAAAAUAAGUGGUUACAUUUGUAACAAUGGGAUAUGAACAUUACAAGUAAAAGCCAGAUCUAUCAAUUCAUGAGUUUUAGUGAGGUGGUAUUGGAGGGCAGACUAAGCUUCAGGACAAAAAGAGAAUGCCCACACAGAAUCAAAAGAGGGGCUAACUAUAACAAACUUGUCUUUCUACUACAUUUAUCAAUUUCUUGUUGCACUUCUCCCUUUAGAAUAUUUGAUCCUUGGUCUUCUACAUGUACCCCAUUAAGGAGAAUUAAGUUGUAUUCAGUUUAUAACUAAUCGAAGGGUUGUGGACUUAGCACAAUCAGGUCUCAGGCUCUGGUGUGCUACCCUAAGAUGAUAUACUAGAAGAGCAUUUCCCCAAGCUUAGCUGAGUAUUUCCCAUAGGGAAAAAUGAGCAUUUCACUGUAGUUAUUACAGCUGGAUUUCUUUAUAUAUGAUAAAAAAGGUUGACACUUAA